UAUACAAGUCUGCGAUCUCAUUCAUAAGGAGUGCUAAACGUUAGCAGUAUCCGCCGACAGCCAGGCAGGUCACAUCCCUCAAACCUGCAAGUUUUGCGCUUCCUCACUGACAGCAAGGCUUUUGACCCUAUACAUCGGUAGCCACCAUGGCAGAAGCGCACCAGGCGGUGGCUUUUCAGUUCACAGUCACCCCUGAAGGCAUUGACCUACAGCUGUCCCAUGAGGCUCUCCGCCAGGUCUACCUUUCUGGCCUCCACUCCUGGAAGAAAAGGUUCAUUCGGUUCAAGAAUGGGGUAAUGACUGGUGUGUACCCAGGCAGCCCAGCUGGGUUCUCCAUUGUGGUCGGGUCCUACAUGACUUACAAUAAAUUUAAACAGUUGGAUCCAUCUUUGGGGUUGUUUACCAAGCUGGGUCAACAUAUACCUAUCAGCCGAUAUAUGUCUACAGAUACCCAGAGGAUAGUCGGAGGAGUUCUGGUGGGCACAGGCCUGUGGGUCACCAUAAUAAUGAUAAUGAGGAAUGUCCUUAAGUCCUUGCUGUCAUGGCAUGGCUGGAUGCAAGAACGUCAUGGCUCCCUGUCCUGGUCGACUCGUGUGUGGAUGAUUCUAGUGAAGGUGUUCUCUGGCCGGAAACCAAUGCUGUACAGUUUCCAGAACUCUUUGCCACGAUUACCUCUUCCCUCUAUCAAGGACACCUGCCAAAGGUACCUGGAAUCAGUGCGCCCACUGAUGGAUGAUAAGAAGUAUGAACGGAUGGAAGGGUUGACUCAAGACUUUGAGAAGAAUCUGGGACCCAGGCUGCAGUGGUACCUUAAACUCAAGUCCUGGUGGGCAUCCAACUAUGUCAGUGACUGGUGGGAAGAGUACAUUUACCUGAGAGGCCGUGGACCCAUCAUGGUCAACAGCAACUAUUAUGCCAUGGAUUUCCUGUACGUGUUCCCCACUUCCAUCCAGGCUGCCAGGGCAGGUAAUUCCAUCCAUGCCAUCAUGCUAUACAGGAGAAAACUGGACAGAGCUCAGAUCAAACCUAUAUACUUGCUGGCGAACAAGGUUCCUCUGUGUUCAGCUCAGUGGGAGCGAAUGUUUAACACCUCCCGCAUCCCUGGUGUGGAGACAGACACCCUUCAGCACGUGAACGAGAGCAAACACAUAGCUGUGUAUCAUAAGGGACGCUUCUUCAAGGUGUGGAUAUUUUAUGAUGGGCGGCUACUGUUGCCACGUGAGAUUGAGCAGCAGAUGGAGAGGAUCUUGGCAGACAAGUCGGAGCCCUUGCCAGGAGAGGAGAAACUAGCAGCACUUACUGCAGGGGAUCGGACCCCUUGGGCAAAGGCCCGUGAGACAUACUUCAGUCGUGGUAAGAACAAGCAGUCUCUGGAUGCCAUAGAAAAGGCAGCAUUCUUCGUUACUCUUGAUGACACAGAGCAGCGUUACGAUGCAGAUAACCCAGUCACGUCUCUGGACAGUUACGCCAAGUCCCUGCUCCAUGGAAAAUGCUAUGACAGGUGGUUUGAUAAGUCCUUUAAUCUGAUAGUUUUCAAGAAUGGCACCAUGGGACUAAAUGCAGAGCAUUCCUGGGCAGAUGCUCCAAUUAUUGGCCAUCUGUGGGAGCAUGUACUUUACAUGGACCCUAGGCUGGGAUAUACUGAAGAUGGUCACUGUGUUGGGCAGCCUCAUCCUAACCUGCCUGGCCCUCAAAGGCUGCAGUGGGACAUCCCUGCUGAGUGCCAAGAGGCCAUCGAGGGUUCUUUCACAGUAGCCAGAACUCUGGCAGAUGAUGUGGACUGUGACAUUAUCCCCUUCACCGACUUUGGAAAGGGACUGAUUAAGAAGUGCCGCACUAGUCCUGAUGCCUUCAUCCAGAUUGCCCUGCAGCUGGCCCACUACAGAGACAAAGCGAAGUUUUGCCUGACGUAUGAAGCCUCCAUGACUCGCAUGUUCAGGGAAGGUCGCACAGAAACCGUUCGCUCUUGCACCACUGAGACUUGUGCCUUUGUUCUCUCCAUGAUCAGAGAUGAGACAAGAGAAGAGCGUCUCAGGUUGCUCAAGCUGGCAGCAGAAAAACAUCAAAGCUUGUACCGCUUGGCAAUGACAGGACAGGGCAUCGAUCGCCACCUUUUCUGUCUCUAUGUGGUUUCCAAAUACCUGGGAGAGGACUCGCCCUUCCUGAAGGAGGUCCUGUCUGAGCCGUGGAGGCUGUCCACUAGCCAGACUCCUAUGCAGCAAGUUGAGCUCUUUGAUCUGGUCAGACACCCAGAAUAUGUGUCCUCUGGAGGUGGUUUUGGUCCAGUGGCUGAUGAUGGUUAUGGUGUCUCCUAUAUCAUUCUUGGUGAGAGCCUCAUCAACUUCCAUAUCUCCAGCAAACGCUCAAGUCCAGAAACUGACUCGCAUCGUUUUGGGACCAACAUCAGACAGGCCAUGCUGGACAUUCUGGGUCUCUUUGAGCUCAACAACAAAGCUGCCAAGUGAUGGCUCUCUUUGCUGGUGGAAAAACAUAACAAACACACAUU